UUGUUGUUAGAACUUGGUUGUUUAACAUGUAGUAAAUGCUCAAGAGAGCGCAACAAUAAAAAUAAAAAAUCUAAAGAAUUCGAAGUCGAGCAAUGGCAAAAACAAAUCAAACUGAAGCAACGGCGGCGGCUGCGGCGGCAGCGUCGGCUGCCCAGGAGGAGCCCAAAUUGAAUUAUUUGCAAAAAUUGUGGCGCUAUCGGCAUUAUUUGGUCAUUGAGCCGUUUUUCUUCUUCUACUUUAUGGCAUCGGUUUUCAAUCAAGUGGCCAUGCAGAAUUUUCCGCUGGAAAAGGCGUGUCGCGUUAAUCUCGGAUACAAUAGGAUCACAUGUACCACAAUGCUGGACAAGUCCGAAUUGGGGAUCGAUUGUGAUGCUUUCAAUUUCGAGAAUACAACAACGGGACCCACAGCGGAGCAGAUUCUUUUCGACAUAAGCUCUAGCGGAUUUAAUUAUACCGUUUGCAAGGCGGAAAUAGAAGCGCAAAAACUAUCCGCUGAUGUUUCGGGAAAACGUGCACCAAUUGCCGCCAUAUUCCCGCUGAUUGUGCUGCUAUUCGCCGGAGGCUGGUCAGAUAGAUAUAACAAGAGGAAACCAUGCAUGAUAUUGCCCAUCGUGGGCGAAGCGUUGUCGUUUACCUGUUUGAUGAUCUCGGCCAUUUUCUUCGAUAGUCUGCCAAUGGAGUUUGGCAUGUACCUUGAGGUCAUUGUGCCCUCAAUUUGCGGUGGCUUAACCUUCUGUCUAAUGGCUGUCUACAGUUAUAUAACGAUAGCCACACCCGAAGAGGAUCGAAUCUUUCGCUUUGGCAUCUUUGCCAUGUUUGUCACCGGUGUGCCCUUCCUGGGCGCCGUUAGUGGAGUGCUUUUUACCACGUUUGGCUAUGUCAUAUCAUUCGCUUCUGCUGUUGUCUUUCAAAUUAUUGCCAUACUCUACAUAAUCUUCUUCAUCAAGGAGAUUAAGCCAAAGCCAAAUGCCCCCGAUGAGCCAAGUAGCACUGAGCCGCCCAGAUCUCAGACACAUGCAGCUGAUAAUAUGGCCUAUGAGAUAACCAACUUGGAUGAGUUGCCGGUCAAUAAGAAUGUCAAUUUUCAGCUGACGCCACAUUUGGAGCCACCCAAAGUGGAGCCACCUCCAGUGCCAGCACGUCGCUCCUUGUUGAAGGAACUCUUCGAUCCCACGCUUGUGAUGGACUGCCUCCGACUUCCGCUGGUGAAGCGCAAAAAUAAUGGACGCCUCCUAUUGGGCCUAUUGAUAUUGGCCUACUUUUUGACGUUGGGACCUGCAGUGGGUGAAAAUGAUUAUUGGUAUCGUUUCACAUUGAAGAAGCUGAACUGGAAUGGCAACGACUUUAGCAUCUUCUUGACCAUCUCAGGCGGUGCGGCUUUGGUGGGCACAUUUAUUGGCACCGCCAUUCUCAGUAAAUUGCUUAAAUUCUCCGAUCCAACUAUUGGCAUUUUAUCUGCCCUCGCCAUUGUGUUCUCCCGAGCUCUAUAUGCCUUUGCCACCACCACCACAUCCUUCUAUGUGGCCAGUGUGGUGGACAUGUUUGUCAGUCUGCGCGUCAUCGCCAUUAAAACGAUUGGAGCGAGUAUUGUUGCUGGCGAUGAGCUGAGCAAAAUGUAUUCCAUCUUUGGCAUCAGUGAGCCCAUUGGCCAGUUCAUAUUUCCGCCCAUCUUCAGUGCGGUUUAUAAAAACACCGUCGACUCUUUUCCAGGCGCCUUCUUUCUGUUUGGCGAAAUCUUCUAUAUUCCCAAUGUGCUCGUUUUUGUACUCUGCUAUUUUUUGAUGCGUCGCCGCAAAUCAAACGAGAAAAAAAAUGCCGUGGAACUGGCACAAAAUAACGAACAAUCGAAUCCUGCCAACGGCACUGAGAUUACUAGUCUUUAAAUCCAUAUAUAUCUAUAUAUAACUUUCUGUACAUAUGUACAUAAAUACUUUAUUGCUAUAUACGGCAAAAAAAGCCAAGUUUAGAUUUUCUGCUAAAUAUAAACCUAAUACGUAAGCCAGUCAAA